GUGCCUCUACGGAAGCCGGCCGGAACGCGCGGUGCUUCACCAUGGCGACGGCGGGGGCCCCGCGGCGCUUCUGCCGCUGCGCCUGCUUCUGCUCCGAGAACCUGUACGUGGCGCGCUACGGGCUGCACCUGCGCUUCCGGGGCGAACAGCAGCUGCGCCGGGACUACGGCCCGAUCCUGCGCAGCCGAGGCUGUGUCAGCACCAAGGACUUCCAGGAGCUGCUGGCAGAGCUUGAGCAGGAGGUGGAGCGGCGGCGGCGGCUGGGGCAGGAGUCAGCUGCUAGGAAAGCCCUCAUUGCAAGCUCCUACCACCCGGCACGGCCCGAGGUCUACAACUUGCUGCAGGAUGCAGCUCUGGCUCCUGAGUUUCUGGCUGUGGCUCAGUAUAGCACAUCCCCCGGCGCAGACUUCAAGGGCCUUCUCCAGCGGCUAGAGACAGUGUCAGAGGAGAAGCGCAUCUACCGGGUGCCCGUGUUCACGGCACCAUUCUGCCAGGCCCUGCUGGAGGAGCUGGACCACUUCGAGCAGUCGGACAUGCCCAAGGGAAGGCCCAACACCAUGAACAACUAUGGGGUGCUGCUACACGAGCUGGGGCUGGAUGAGCCUCUGGUGGUGCCGCUGCGGGAGCGCUUCCUGCAGCCGCUAAUGGCCCUGCUAUACCCAGACUGCGGCGGGGGCCAGCUUGACAGCCACCGUGCCUUCGUGGUCAAGUAUGCACCAGGCCAGGACCGUGAGCUGGGCUGCCACUAUGAUAAUGCCGAGCUCACCCUCAACGUGGCCCUGGGCAAGGCCUUUACCGGGGGUGCCCUCUAUUUUGGGGGCUUUUUCCAGGCACCUGCAGCUCUGACAGAGCCCCUGGAGGUACAGCACGUGGUGGGCCAGGGUGUCCUGCACCGAGGUGGCCAGCUGCACGGUGCCCGGCCCCUGGGCACUGGUGAGCGCUGGAACCUGGUCAUCUGGCUCCGGGCCUCUGCUGUGCGCAACCGCCUCUGUCCCAUGUGCUGCCGCGAACCUGACCUGGUGGAUGACGAGGGCUUUGGGGAUGGCUUCACCCGAGAGGAGCCCGCCUCGGUGGACGUGUGUGCACUGACCUGAGCCUGGUUCCACCCUGUGUUGGGGAGGGUGUGGCAGAUGAAGGCAGAAAUAAACUCCCUGCAGGCCACUGCACUUGUUGAUUCAA